AUGGAGAAAAUUAUGAGCUCUGCGAGUGUCGUAUCCACCCUUAGCUUCCCUCCCUCAUCACCUAUCACUACCUGCUUCGCUCUUGUGAAACCUACCUGGGUAGGAUUGGUAGCCAGGCUGUGUUACAGCACGCUAUCACGUAACAUAAAAGAUAAUUAUGACGGAAUAUAUCUGUUAAAUAUCUCGCUGGAAUCAAGCAUUUCCAACCUAGGUGAUGAGACGCAGCAAAAUCGUUCAUUGAGCUCCUAUGGUGCACUCAAUCCUUUAACUUUUCAGUACGUCCAUGAUAUUUGUAGGUCCGGGUCGGGCGUUGUCAAGCACUAUUCGAUCCAGCAUGUCACCUCCUAUUUGAACGAGCUCGAGCCUUUGCGUGAGAUUUUUGAUAGUGAUUUGCAAUCCAUGUUCAUCAAUUCAAAGUAUAUGCACCAUGCUCCGACGAUGACAUUUAUGAGACCUCGGGGAUUGCCUACGCCCAAGUCUUACACUACCACAUUUGUGCGUACUUCAACCGUGCCGUAUGUCGAUAUGUUCUGUGCUACAGUAAUUUCCCCAAUAACUAGAAUGGCUUCCAUCAUGACUUUCAUCGGCUCACUUGCGCGAACCAGGGUCAGCACCAACAUGACAACCUCAUGUGCAGGCAGUUCCAACAAGACCAUGGCUGCGCCAGCGACACGAAUGGCUAUUUGGGGCAUGGCUGUAACAUCAAAGCCAAUAAGCCAAUAUACAGCCCGAAGCCGGGCCUCAGGGCACCAAUAA